GUCUGUCGGGGCGGGUUUCUCAACUGACGUUUAAAGCGGUCUGCUUUGUUAGAGGGAUAUAUGUUGUUAUAUAUGGAAAUAUGUUUUCUGAAAGAAUGCCCUCAUACAAGAAUUGCUAGCGUGAUCUUCAGUAUUUGAAACUUAAAAGUAUUAUAACAUUUUACUAUAAGAAUCAGCAGCAUACAGAAAUAAUUAUACUAUUUAUGGAAAUCAUUAAAUACUGUUGAGAGUUCUAAAAAGGUGAAAAGGAACAAGACCCUUCACUUAUUACAUAAUAGAAAUGUAACAUUAUUAUGAAAAAAUGCAAAUGCAUAUUGCUGCUGCUUCUGGAAACAAGCCUUUGCUGAAGAAAAUAAUUAAAAUUCUUCCUUUGAAAUUGCUGGAAACUAAAGAUGAUUUGGGAAGAACUCCUCUGAUUUUAUGCAUUUUAAAUAAUAAAUAUGAAUGUGCAACUGUUUUGCUCAAGGCUGGUGUUCAGGUUGAUAAUUGUGAUAAUGCAGGAUGGACAGCACUUCACAAAGCAAUUAGUUUAGGUCGACACCGAUUCGUAAAACUUUUAUUGGCAUAUGGUUCCUCUUGGCAGCAGAGAAACUUUUUGGGACUUACUCCAUUACAUCUAGCUGCUGCUUAUCCUUCUACUAAAUGCUUAUCUCUGAUACUUAAAUACGUAAAACGUGGAGAAACUGAUAUUCAAGAUAGCAAAAAGAAAACUGCUUUACAUUGGAGUGCAAUUCGCUCAAAUCCUGAUCAUAUAAAACUUCUACUUGCUCACGGUGCAAAUAUCUGCAUACCUGAUGAGCAAGGUAAAACUCCAUUACAUUGGGCCGCGAUGAAUUUACUUCCUCGAGCCCUUAAUUGUGUCAAAUUAUUAUUGGCAAAACAGCGUAAUCUUGUUAACUGGCAAGAUUAUGGAGGGAGGUCUGCUCUUCAUCUUGCUACUGCAACUGGAAGUAUUGAAAUAGUUCAUUAUUUGGCUUCUAGAGAGGACUGUAAUAUUGAUAUUUUGGACAAUGCUUUUUGUACUCCACUGCACUGGGCUGCUAAGAAAGGGUUAGUAGAAAAAGUAUCCGUACUUCUGAACAAAGGAGCAAGUCAUUUAAGUGCUGAUGGUAGUGGAGCAACUCCUUUGCAUUACGCAGCAUAUAAAAAUAAUGCAAAGAUAGUUGAGAUGUUUUUGUCAAGAAUUUAUAUUGAUGAUGAAGAAGAUCUGGAAGGAAGAACUGCCUUCAUCUGGGCUGCUGCUACACAGGCAGAUGAGGCUGUUAAAGUUAUGGCUGCAAGUAAUGCAAAUAUAAAUCAUGCAGACAAAAGUGGAAUGACUGCCUUACAUGUAGCAUCAAUGCAUGGUCAUGUGUCUACAGUUCAACUGCUUAUUAGACUUGAUGCUUCAAUUAAUGCUAAAGAUAAAAGUGGAAUGAGUCCUUUAUUAAAAGCAUGUGAAUUUGGACGGGCUGCAGUAGCUCAGGUUUUAUUGGAUCAUGGUGCUGAUAUUAAUUUAGUGGAUAAUAAUGGCUGUUCUGGUUUACACUGGUGUGCACUUGGAGGUCAUGCUAACCUCUGUCAAAUAUUACUGAUGCGAGGUGCUGAUUAUACCGCCCAGGAUGUAACAGGGAUGACUCCACUGCAUUAUGCCUGUACACAAACUGGAAAUAUCAAUUGUGUUUCAGUCCUGCUUGAGUCAAAGGCUGAUCCAAAUGUUGUUGACGAAGAAGGAAAAACUCCUCUUCAUGUAGCUGCUCUUAGUGGCCAAAGAGGUGCAUCCAGAUUGUUGUGUGAAUAUAACACGAAUGUUAAUGCAAUGGCUAGGACUAAUGAUUGGCUUACAGCUUUGGAUUGUGCUAUUAUGAAAGAUAACCGCGAAGUAGUCUCCUUGCUACAGGGAUAUGAUGCUGUACGAGCGGAAGAAAUUAGAGAAUUGGCAGCUCGUAAAAUUCAAGCAUGGUAUCGUGAAAACAGAAGACAGAAGAAAAUACAGCGUUUCAUGUCAAGGAAUUAUGUUGCAAGGGUUCUUAUGUGUGUCGUCAAUAAAGUUUUCUGUGACUCAAAAAUUCCUGUUGCAUCAUGGAGAUUGUCUUCACUUUAUUGUUCUUCAGAUUUUGCAUCGAGACCAUUGCUUAUUGCAAAAGAAUCUACAGUUUUAGUAAAAGCAGGAGAAAAGAAAUGUUCCUUUGAGGAUUAUAUUUUAAAAAUGGAAAAUAGUUGUGCUAUUACAAUUCAAAGAGCAUGGAGAAGGUAUUCUAUGAUUUGUAAAUUUAAAAAAAUGCGUCGUAAAAUAAGAGACUUUUUUGAAACUGAGGAAAGCAGAGUGGAUGCUGAAAAACAAUGGCAAUUUAAACUGCAGUGUUUCUACAAUGAGCCUGAUGAAAUCUUUGUGUAGCUGUACUAUAUUUUAAAAUUUGAAGUGAUCAUGAAUUGCAGUGCAUUCUAGGAUAAUUUAAUUUUUUAAAUGUUUUAUAUUUUCAAUGAAAAUGCCAUAAUUUUACAAUUUAUAUAUAUGCAUAAAAUGAUUCUAUCUGAAAUAAGGUUUUAAAAAAGUUGCAUUUUAAGUAUUGUUAAUUUGGAUGCAAUUAUAUUCUUUUAAUUGCUGUAUUUUUAAUAUUAUCGAUUGUGGAACAAUACUCCAUAUAUAUGUUACGGUGAUUGCAAUGCAGAUAUGUACUAGUCAAAAUGAGGUGUGUUUUUAUAUGUAUAUUUGUAUUUUUAAUAAACAGUACUGAACAUCGUUUA